UGCCAAGAUGUCGCUUUUGAUCAAGCACAAUGACAGGUUGAGGAAGUUCAAGAACAAAGGCAAGGACCCCACUGCCCUGCGGAGGCAGAGAGUGGAGGUGAUCACUGAGCUGCGGAAGGCCAAGAAGGAUGAGCAGAUCUUGAAGCGCAGGAACAUUGAACAAAAUGAAAUAGAGAUGGAGAGGAAUCUCCCUACAAGAGAAGGUGAAAGACAUGAGAUUGUUCUGCUCUCCUUGGAGGAAAUCCUUCAAGGUGUGAAUGGGAGUGACAGUGAGCUGCAGCUGCAGGCCACGCAGGCCACCAGGAGACUGCUGUCCAGGAGGAAGGACCCCCCUGUCAGUGAUAUCAUCAAGCUGGGGAUCAUCCCCAGGCUGGUUGAAUUCCUCACCUAUGCUGACAAUACUCCUCUGCAGUUUGAAGCUGCCUGGGCACUGACUAACAUUGCUGCUGGUACCUCAGAACACACCAGGGCAGUGGUGGAGGGAGGUGCCCUCCCAGCCUUCAUCUCCCUCCUGUCCUCCCCACACAUGCACAUCAGUGAGCAGUCUGUGUGGGCUCUGGGCAACAUUGCAGGUGAUGGUCCUCUGUACAGAGAUGCUGUUAUCAACUGCAACGCACUUCCUCCCUUGCUGGCUCUGGUGUCUCCUGCAACUCCAGUUUGGUUCCUGAGGAACAUCACGUGGACACUCUCAAACUUCUGUAGGCACAGGAACCCCCCUCCCCCCCUGGAUGCAGUGCAGAAGAUGCUGCCAGCCCUCCUCUGCCUCCUGGAACAUGAGGACAGUGAAAUCGUCUCUGACUCCUGCUGGGCCACUUCCUUUCUGACUGACGGCCCCAGUGAGCGCAUCCAAAUGGUGGUGGAUACAGGGAUUCUCCCAAGGCUGGUGGAACUCAUGGCCAGCCCAGAGCUGAUCAUUUUGACUCCAGCUCUCCGUACCAUUGGGAAUGUGGUCACAGGAACUAACGAGCAGACCCAGGCAGCUAUCGAUGCUGGUGUCUUGGCUGUGCUGCCCCAUCUCCUGCAACAUGCAAAGCCAACCAUACAGAAGGAAGCAGCGUGGAUGCUCAGUAACAUCGCAGCAGGGCCUUGCUGGCAGAUCCAACAACUCAUGGCCUAUGGGUUGUUGCCUCCUCUGGUGGAGCUGCUCGAUAAGGGGAACUUCAGUGCUCAGAAGGAAGCUGUGUGGGCAGUGGCCAACUUCACAACAGGAGGAACUGUGGAGCAGAUAGUGGAGCUUGUCCAGUCUGGGGUCCUCAAACCUCUGCUCAACCUGCUCUUGGCCAAGGACAGCAAAACCAUCCUGAUUAUCCUGGAUAUCAUUUCAAAUCUCUUCCUGGCAGCUGAGAAGCUGGGACAGACAGAGAGGUUGUGCCUGCUGGUGGAGAAGCUCGAUGGUCUAGAGAAGUUGGAAGCCUUGCAGAUCCAUGACAACAAAACUGUCUGCCAAGUUGCACUGAACAUCCUAGAGAAAUACUUCUCUGGAGAGGUAUGUGAGCUCUUGCUGUCUCUCACCUGGAAAUAGGAAGCUGUUGUGCAC